UCUAGAUGCCAACAUGAUAUGGAUUGCACGGAUUUCAUUAAGGGCAGCGCCUGCUCGGCGAAUGGAUAUUGCGAAUGUGCACCCUACUAUGUGCAAUACAAUGCCACCAGCUGCCUCUCAUCACAACUUCUGGGUGGUGACUGCGUUCUGAAUGACCAGUGCACAAUGAAAGUGGCCAACAGCAGUUGCUUGGAUGGCGCCUGUCGUUGUGUUGAGGGCUUCCUGCAGUUCCGCAAGCAUACCUGUCUGGGACCGGCUCUUCCUGGUGCCGUUUGCUACAGUCAUGCCCACUGCCAAAUGUUUGACACACGUUCGCACUGCGAUUUUCUAAUACCAAAUCUUUUUGGCCGUUGCCAAUGCACUUCGCCCGCCAAACUUGUAGGUGGCUUUUGUGUGGAGGGUAAUGUGGCAGCGCCAACGGAGGCGCCAGUCUCGACUGCAUCACCCACAACCAGUCCACCCAGCAGCACAACACCAAUCAUCACUACCACCGCUUCUAGCCCCUCAACUACCGCAGCAGCAGCAGCACCAAUUCUUCCUCCAGCUGAACCAAGUCGAUACGAUAGUGUUGAGGAACAACUGACUUCCGAAGAAAUAGCCGAAUCUCCAGCCAAUUCAGACGCUGAUAUGGAAUUGCCUUCAACUACUUCACAAUACUUACUAACACCAGCAGCAGCUGAUGAGGGACCACAAGCGGUGGCGGCCGACGAAGUACUACUGCAAGAAACAACCACUAUCGCUUAUGAUUAUCCUUAUAAGAUAGAUGAUGAAUAUGAUGGUGAAGAGGCAAAUCAACAACAGCAACGAGUAGAAGAGGAAAAACAACAGCAACAAAGUACUACUGAAUACCAAACACAAAUACAAGGUAACCAAGAGCAUAUAGAAGAACACUUAGAAGAGCACAUAGACCAUGCGUUAGAAGAACACGAACAAUCAAAUAUUGCAGAACCACAGUCGGAUAAAGAAGCACCUCAUGUAGAAGAUGGAGCGCAACAAGCGGCUAAUGAAAUUCAAAAUGUUUUUGACGAUAAAAAUGUUGACGAUACAGCUCAUUAUGAUGGUGACAUUGCUUCAUAUCCUGUGGACCAACAUAAAAUGGAACCACUUCCAGCUGCUAUAGAAGAUGAGCAGCAUAUUGAAGCAGAACAGGUUGUAGAAGAAAAUCCUUCGAACGAAAAUGAAAUGCAACCAGUUACUAUCGGAGAUGUUCAACAUGUUACGGAAGAACAUCCUUCAGGCGAAAUUGAAAUACAAAAAAUUCCGGUGGUUGAUGAACAAACCAUAGCUAAAGAACAAGAAAAUAGCGAAACAACACCUGCUGUACAGGAGGAAUCUCAAAGUAGCGAAAUAGAAAGAGUGGUGGAGGCUCCUAAAGAAGGUGAAAUACAGCAGGUUACUAAACUGCAAGUGGAAAAUUACGAAGUGGCAGAUAAUGAAAAUUCAGAGCAAAACACCGAGUCGAAGAAUGAGGAACCAAUUGACGAGGCGAGUCAUAUUGUAGAAGAAGUGACACCACCAAAUAUUUUGGAGGAACACAUUACCGAAGAAGAACCAGAGCAUAAUGAAGCAACUACCGUCCCGAAGAAAGACCGUUAUGAGCCAGAAAGCAGUGAAAAUAAUUCAAAAUCAGAGGCAGCACCACAGCUGCAGUUCCAAGGGGAGAGUGGUCAUUUGGAGGAUUCGCAACAGCACGGGCAAAACCAACAUAAUGCCGAUGAGUUGCCAGUGGACUCAACACAGCCCCAUGAUGCUACGGAAGCGCUAAAUUCAUUGUCUUCAGAAAACCAAUAUGUAGACUUUCACCCCGAAAUGGAAAUGUACGAAGAUGUUGAAGAAGAAGAAAAUGCGGCCGACUCUGGUGCGGACAUAGUUGACGAUACCAUGAAAUUUGAUUAUGAAACAGCUCAGGAGGAAUUUAAUGCGGAAAAUACGGAAUCGACCGACAUUGGUGAAAGUUUCUCUGCAACUGACUUACCUAAUUGGGCGCAAGAAUCUGACAAAUCACCAGUAGUUGCCUCAGCGACGUCAGAACUCGAUGUGUGGCCUCAAGCGCAGUCAUUUGAUGCUCAUGAAAACCAGAAUGAAGCGAAAAUCAGUCAACAACAGUUGGAAGAAAACAAAGUUGUAGAGCUACAUGAAAAUGAAAGUAAGACAGAUGAACAGUCACAACAGUCACAACAGCCACAGGCGGAAGAAAGUACUUCGGGCGAUACAACAGAAGAAGCUAAAAAGGUAGAAAUUGAAAGCGUUACAACCGAUAAUGACUUAACCGCAAUCAAUGUAAACUCAGAGGCAGCCUUUGAAGAACAAGAACACAGCAACAAUAUUCAGAGCAGCAAUGACGAUUACCAUCAAAACAAAUUCGUUGCGCUUGAUAAACUAGCAACAACAGAACGAAUUGCACAAGAACCGCAGCCGGAUAAUGUUAUAACACCUGAAGCCGUGAAGCCGCAAUCAAGUGGAGAAGAGCUAAUCGUAGACGAAACUAAGCUGCCAACAAAUGAUAACGUAGUUGCUGAUAUACAUUUAGACACACAAACUAAUGGGGAAAGUUUAGUAGAACAGACUGACAAUAACCGAGCGGACAGUGAACUAGUAACCGAGGGACAACAGAUAACCGACGAAGACGAUGCCGGUUUGUUUCGAGCUGUGGUGACAGAGGAAAUUGCUGCGGCUGAUAGCGAUGUGGCGGCCAGCGAACUAAUAUACCAGCUUGCUGACAAUGAAGAACUUUCGCAUGGGCAUAUACUUGCUGCCGACCAAGAGACAAUCGCAACCCAAGCCAAUGCACAAGAGCAUAUCGCAGAAUACUCAGAUCUCUUGAAUACUCCAAAUGCGCCUGAGGAAAUAGUUGCUCAAACUGAUGAAACAUUGGCAUAUGACAAUGACGAAGAAGAGCCAAGUAUUAAGGACCACGUAGAAGAUCAGGUAGUGGAAGAAGAGGCGGUUGUUGAAGAAGCAAUAGCAACUACAGAAGCGCCAAUAUUCCAAGAAACUGAUGAGCAAACCGAAAGUGCAACAGCGAUUCCCAACAUUGAAGAAGUAAAUGAAAAUGACAACCAAAUUUCUGAAAGCAAAACGGAACGGUAUGGUUUGGGCGAAGAAGGCAUUGCUGAGUCUGAGAUUAAAAAUGAAAUCAAUUCUGAAGUGAACAAAGCUGAAGAAGGGAUGCACACUGAGCAAGAGUUGAAUAAUGCAAUUUCACAGGACAGUGAAAAAGAUAUUCCCGCUUAUGGGGCUCCGUUGGAAUUGAACAGUACAAAUGAACUCUUAACUGGGAUUGAAAAUGAUGGAUCAAUUGAUCAGACCCACGAGAUUGCUGAUGCAAUAGCUGGAAAUUCAAGCCCAAUUAUGCAGGAAAGUACAGUUGAGGAUCACAAAUCCAUUGAAGAUACAGAUAAAUUUGAACAUAGUAACAAUAUCGAGCGGUUUGAGCAUGACAGUCAUACUGAGCAAACAAACCACAAUGAACAAAUCGAUACUAUUGAAGUAGAUAAUUCUAUUCAUUCAACUGAAGAAGCUGCAAAUAUAUCAGAAACUUCAGUGGAAUUUUCGCUCAACGAGAAUGACGAUAAAGACCCCAUAGCAUCUGUACCUGAUGUAGGCAAUGGACAACAAUCGAUGCAAGAACACAUUAAUGAGCUCUACAACAACGGUGAUCAACCCAAUGCUGAUACGGAUAUUCAUAAUGAAUUAUUUGAAGAGCAAGAGUCUUUCGCUGACAUUUUGAGUGAUCUGAUGUCUGAGGAUGUGACUACAGUCACACCAUUGGAGUUCGUUACAGAAGUGGAAGGCAUUCGCUCGAAAGAAGAUGUGAAUAUCAAUGAAAAAGAAAGUGUUGGCGCCAAGUUGGAGAUCCCUGAGCAGCAUGUACAAGAUUUGAUCGCAGCGGAUACUAAUAUUGUCGAGGAAAAAUUAGCUGGACAGGAGCAGACGGAGACUACGGAAGCGCACGAUAAAGAUAAAUUUAUAACAUUUUACCCUGAAGCUGAAGACUUGAGCGAACAUUCUCACAACAAUAUCGAAGUGCAAAAUGAAGCAGAACAUACUACAAAUUCUCCAGAAGAUAAGAAUACUAAUGGAAAUAGAAUGGAAGAAACGGAUUACACUCUCUCGCCUGACGAGCUACCAUUCGAUUUGACAUCCAUCGAUGAUAUACUACCACAAGAAUUAGAAUCAGACAGUUUGGUAUUGGAGACAACCACUCUUCCAGCCAUUGAACUCGCAGAAAAGGCAGCUUCUGGAGAGGAAGUUCAAAAAGCUCGACCUGAGGAGGCCACAGCCACUCCUGAUGAUAUCGUUGAAAUUACAACGCAGACUAUGUUGGGCUUGGCAAGUCGUGUGACGUUGAUGGAACCGGCUGCGCCGAUUGCUACAACGCUUAAACCACUAAUGACUGAAACAUCGCCAGAAAGUGAAGCAACAUCGGAACCGUCACCGAUAAAGGAGUUGCCUGGUGCAGAAAAUGCAUUAACAACUAAACCACUUACAGAAAUACGUAAACGUGUUGAAUUGGGAACGGAAGCCAUUUCGCUCGGUCUUGCCUGUAUGAACGACAGACAAUGCCAAUUGGCCGAUCCUAAUGCUGUGUGUAAUGCGCGCGGAGUAUGCGAUUGUGCUUUAGCCGAACCAGCAAGCGAAGUGCAAUGCAGCGCACAGAGAACGGGUUGUGCACCCGGAACUUUCCAGUGUCGUUCAAGUGGCGUCUGUAUAUCGUGGUUCUUUGUAUGCGAUGGCAGACCAGACUGCAAUGAUGACUCUGACGAGGAGUGCACAUUCAAUGCGCGUUCGAAUCAUACUUGCCCACAAGAAGCCUUCCAAUGUGAGCGCAGUGGUCGUUGUAUCUCACGCGCCGCGAGGUGCGAUGGACGCAAACAAUGCCCCCAUGGUGAAGAUGAAAUUGGCUGCAACUCCUUGAAGGCAGGCGAAUGUCCGCCACAUACCUUCCGUUGCAAGAGCGGCGAAUGCCUGCCCGAAUAUGAGUACUGUAAUGCGAUCAUUUCUUGCCAGGAUGGCAGUGAUGAGCCACCACAUUUAUGUGGGUCGCGUUCAAUGCCGACAUUCUUCCUGCGUCUGCUAAAUGCCGGUGGCCUGUUGGAAAACGAGGAUGCAUAUUGCCCGCAUCGUUGCAGUAAUGGGCGUUGCCGUUCGACUGCGAUUGUGUGCUCGGGUAGAGAUGGCUGUGGUGAUGGCACCGAUGAGCAGACAUGUUCCGUUUGCAGAUGUCCUGCGCCAAUUAGCAACAGCUUACCUAAUUACCUUGCCAGGCAUCGUCCAAUGCCGUUGUGGUAGAUUGGAGCAUAAAGAAGGGAUUAGUAACAUGAAACAUGAAAAUGUAUACCCCGAAAUGGAUUGGACUGAAAUCUUACUACAAGGGGAACAUGAACUUUUGGCGGCUUAUUUUUGAAAUGUGCUAGAAAGCGUAAAGCUUUGUAGGAAGUGCGUACGCCACAACAACAUAUUGCACAUAACAACAACGACUUUGAUAUUCCAUGCGCCUAAAAUUAGUUCGUAAGCUUAUUUAUUCUAUUCGUAAAUCUAUGUCUAAUCAUUACAAUUAAAUACUUCAAAACAAUUGCCGCCUUGCUGGCGAGGAAUAACGAAAAUGCUGUGCCAAGUAGUAGAUUUGAUCGAUCGCACGCAUGGGGAUGCUAUACCUACGAAUGGAUGCAAGUGCAAGUGCUUUAGAUUAACUUUAGAAUUCCUUGUUGUUGCACAAAUUAUUCUUCGAUUCGGUGAUGUAGGCAAUUGUGUCUGUGUUCACACAAACACGCACAUAUACAUAUAUACACACUCACAACUCCUAUUUAUUUGAAACUAUUUAUGAUCAUUUUCAACUCCAUUUUCUUCCAUUGCCAGUUUAAUUUAUGAUAUUUAGAAUUAAGCAAAUGAAUUAAAUAUAAAGACGAACCACUAUGAGAAAUGGAAAAACAGAAUUUUGUUUAAUUAAAUAAAUUAAAGUAAAUAAUUGCUUAUAUAAACUGAUAUAAUACAUAUUUGAAGAGAAAACUCAGAUAUUGGAAUUAUCAAUAAUGCAGUUGGUGGCUGCUCACAUUGCAACUUUAAAUUUUUUUAUGACUUUAAUAUGGCACUAAUUGAUAUGCUAAAUAAUUUGAAACACUAAAGCGUGAUUUGUAAAUACAUAUGUAUGUAAGUAAAAUUAAAAAAACAAAAACAAAAAAGAAAUAAUUAAUUGCAUAAAGCUGUACAUGCCAUUAAGGCAAUGGGCUGGCAAAAUACACACACAAACACAUGUAUGAACAAGUGCAUGUAAUAGAUAAACAUAUGUAUGUGUCUAGAUUCAUCUAAGAAUUGAGCAGAAUCAAAUGGAUUUCACUAUUGAAAACGUGCAUUUAGGGAACUGAGCAAGACCAAGACCAGGCAAAAAGCUGGAGAGAGAAAACAGAAAAACAGAGGGAAAUAAGUGUAUGUAGGUAUAUAUUUAAUAAUGAAAGUGUAACACAUUGAAAGUUAGACAAUAAAAAUAAAUUGCAUUUAUUAAUAAUUAAAAUUUAAUAAAAAUAAUUAAUUAAAAGUUUAAUAAUUUCCAUUUUUUUUUUUUUUUUGCUUUAAGAAAACUGUUGUACUGCUCUGUUGUUAAGUUGGGUUAACCCUGCGUGGCUGAAUGCCAGCGAUACCAGAUGGACGAUACUGACCUUUAUUAAG